AUGGCUUCAACUUUUCUCAGAGUCUCCCUCCUCUUCAUCUUCAUCUUCAUCUUCAUCGGCUUCAACAGCACAGGUACGAUCAACACACACCUGAGAGAUCUAUACACACACCUGAGAGAUCUACACACACACACCUGACUGAUCUAUACACACACCUGAGAGAUCUACACACACACACCUGAGAGAUCUACACACACACCUGAGAGAUCUAUACACACACCUGAGAGAUCUACACACACACCUGAGAGAUCUACACACACACCUGAGAGAUCUAUACACACACCUGAGAGAUCUACACACACACCUGAGAGAUCUAUACACACACCUGAGAGAUCUACACACACACCUGAGAGAUCUACACACACACCUGAGAGAUCUAUACACACACCUGAGAGAUCUAUACACACACCUGACUGAUCUUGUGUGUUUCUCAGAUGGAUCAAUGGAAGUUGCAGUGUACCGUUGUGUGUUUAACUCCACUGAUCCAAACAACAUCGAGUUCAUCUUCUCCACCUACUACAACAAACUGGAGUUGACCAGAUUCAGCAGCAGUGUGGGGAAAUUUGUUGGAUACACUGAAGUUGGUGUGAAGCAGGCAGAGGCCUGGAACAAUGAUCCUUCAGUGCUGAACAGCUAUAGAGCUGAGAAGUCCAGAUACUGUCAAUACAACAUUGAAAACUUCUACCCAAAUUUUCUGCCUAAACACGGUGAGUUUGUGUUUCAGUGACGUCACACAGCACCACUUCAUCACUGUAUUGAUUAAGUGAUUGAUUGAUAAACUGAUAAUAUUCCUAUUUCUACACGAACAUAUUUUGAACUGACAGUCACAGCUGGGCUGAAGGAUGGUCUUCUUCUUCUUCUUCUGUGUUUAUCAGCUGAUGUAUGAAAUCAAGUCUGACGGUCAUGAAUGCUGAAAUCAAUCAUUACACUGAUCACCAUCAUAGAUUUAUAUUGAUUUAUAGAUUCACCUCACUGAAGGGUUAGUUUGAGAAAUAUCAGGAACUCUGCGGACACACCAGGUUCAUCUCAAACACAGCUCUCUGUCACCGCCUGCUGCUCAGACUGUGUUACUACAGUUAUUCAAACCAGCUGUCCUGUUACAGCGUCUGUGUUCUCAGAUAAAUGUGUCAAAUAUGAAGACGUGAAAAAGACAUGACUGUGAGAGUACGGUGUCUGAGAAGAGACAAAUCAAACCCUUCUUCAGUCAUCAUCUUUAAUGAUCAUCUCCUUUAAUCAUCCUCCUAAAUGAUCAGCAUCUUAAAUAUCCUCUUCUCUAAUUAUCAGUUAAUUAUCAUCCUCUCUAAUUUAGCUGAGCCCCACGCCAGGCUGCACUCUGAGGCGCCCUCUGGUGGUGGACAUCCUGCCGUGCUGGUCUGCAUCGUCUACGACUUCUACCCCAAACAUAUCAAAGUGACCUGGAAAAGAGACGGGAAGGAGGUGACCUCUGGGGUCACUUCCACUGAUGAGAUGGCAGACGGAGACUGGUACUACCAGAUCCACUCCCACCUGGAGUACACACCCAAGUGAGUCCACAUCCAGGUUUGGGAGAUGUGAGUCUGACCUCCUAGACCUGGGGUCCGUUUCACGUAGCAGGUUUAGUGGAAACUCCGAGUUUGUUAACCCUGAAAUCAGGGAAACUCUGAGUUUUCCGUUUCACAAAGGAGGGUUAGUUAAACCAGGGAGAGAGGGGUAACUCUAACCUGUUUCACAAAGAGAGGUAACUCAACCUCGCGGUCAGUUACCACAGUAACAGACUCCGUGAACCUAACCUGCUCGGGAGCAGGUUUAACUCAGUAAACCCAGAGUUUCAGGUGAGACAUCGGCAUUUUCUCAUUUUGAUCAUGUUUUACAUUGUCAAGUAAGUAUUAAGUGGCAGUUUGAUCUCUUAAAAAAUGCUCUUUUCACACUCAAAACUGAAUUUUACUCUCUUAUUAUGUUCCGUUAAAUGAUUAGGAAUAUUAAACUAACACAAAAACGGGUGGUGGUCCAGCAGCCCCACCUUUAACGGAGGCGGAGGAGCUCGCAAAUCGGAGCUUGCAAAUGAGGAGCUGCAACCCCCGUUCGACCCCCCCCCCCCCCCCCCACACACACACACACACACACACACACACCAGUCCGACGAUCGCUGCUACGGGGUGGGGGGGUGGGGGGUUGCGAUCGUCGAACGGGGGGGGGGGGGGGGGCUCCUCUGCCUCCGUUAAAGGUGGGGCUGCUGGGCCACCACCUGUUUUUCUGGCAUUUGCCCUCUUUCUGUUUGCUGAGUGAAAGUCUAAUAUUGAGUGUAGUGUGUGUUAAUUUAAUAUUAGGGCUGUCAAUCGAUUAAAAUAUUUAAUCGCGAUUAAUCAAAUUGUGAUCAUAAUUAAUCAUGAUUAAUCGCAAAUUGAUCGCAUAUUUUUGAUCCAUUCUAAAUCGAUCUUUUUCAAAUUGUUAUACUUUUAUCAACAUGAGAACAGAUCGUGGAUUUUCAUGGUAAUGGUGGUCCUACAAGGUAAUUCAUAUGUCCAGUCAUUGGAUGCGAUCCGUAUGAUUUCACGCAGACCAACGUCCUGCACAAUGUUAAUCGGCCGACAAGCGGUAGCCACCCAUUUAGCGAUCACUGUUUCAAGUUUGCGUUUAGUAGAGCUCUCCAUCUGUUUACCUUGCACAUUCAGCGUUGUUUGCUUGAGGCGGGGGGGAUGCGGGGCUCUCUGCAUCAGCUGUGUGCUUGGCCGACAAGUGAUAUUUGAGACUAGACGUACUCCGGUGGUAACUAAAUUCAGCUCGACAGGAAACACAAAUGACUUUUGUCCUGUCAAGAGAGCCAUCUGGCAAGGCUUUGUAGCUGAACUCUCCGUUCAAAAUCGUGUUCUUAUCCAUUAUAUCCUAGUUUCUACUCACGUGGAUUUGUUUAUGUCUGCUGCGGUAUCAGUCAGUGCUCUACUUCCUGAUUCGCGAAAUUACGGAGUGCCCCGAGGCUCACAUAGCUCACCAACUGUUCCUCUACCCUUUAACAACGGCAAGAAUAUCCACACAGUGUGUGUAUAGUUUCGUCAAGCCAGGCUAAGGCUCGCAUUAAUCGUGCGUCAAAAAAAUUAGUGGCGAUAAAAGUCACUUGAGUUAACGCGACAAUAACGCGUUAACUUUGACAGCCUUAAUUAAUAUAUAUACAUAUAUAUACUGAGAGUUAGUUUAAUAUUCCUAAUCAUUUAACGGAACACAAUAAGAGAGUAGAAUUUAUUUUUGAGUGUGAAAAGAGCAUUUUCUAAGGGAUCAAACUGCCACUUAAUACUUACUUGACAAUGUAAAACAUGAUCAAAAUGAGAAAAUGCAGAUGUCUCACCUGUUUGCACAAUGUUUUUAUAUUUAAUUUUCAGCUGCUGCCAAGUGCGUUUUUGUCCCGCUGGAUUGCACCUACAUAAAAUAAAUUAAUUUGCUCCAUUCAAGCAGUUUCCCUGCAACAGUCUGUCAUUGUGAUUGCACGAGACUAGAUUUAAAGUUACGCAUUGACGCGAGCAGCGAUUUCCUCCCAAGCCCUCUCCCUCUCCUUUGCAGCUGCUGCUGUAUUGCACUUUCUUUUAAAAACGUGCUGUAAUUCGCUGUUGGCUUGCUGUUUCCCCCUCCUUCUCCCUGUUUCCAUUGGUUGAUCAAUGAAUCUGGGCUCCACAGAUGCUGGCUGUUUAUGUCUGGCGUGCACGUGCUUAACUCCAGGUCAAACUACUCGGAGUUGCUAAAACUGACUCAAAUCAGGUGUUGUGAAACCGGAAACUCAGAGUUUCUUAUCUCAGAGUAGAUCAACUCAGAGUUAAGGAUUUAACUCAGAGUUUGUUGAACCACCUACGUGAAACGGACCCCUGGUCUCUUGAGUAUCACAGAACCUCUGAUGUGGUUUUUUUUGUUGGAGCAGGUCUGGAGAGAAGAUCACCUGUGUGGUGGAGCACAUCAGCCUGAAGGAGCCGCUGGUCGUGGAAUGGGGUAAAGACCUGUCCAUCCUACACCUGUUCAUCUGUUCACCUGUUCACCUGUUCACCUGUUCACCUGUUCACCUGUUCACCUGUUCAUCUGUUCACCUGUUCACCUUCCUCUCACCUGUCUGUCCUCAGACCCGUCCAUGCCUGAGUCUGAGAAGAACAAGAUUGCCAUCGGGGCCUCAGGACUGAUCCUGGGUCUGAUCUUAUCUCUGGCUGGAUUCAUCUACUUCAAGAGCAAGUCCAGAAGUAAGACCAGUACACCAUAGUCUAAGACCAGUUCAGACCAGUACACCAUAGUCUAAGACCAGUUCAGACCAGUACACCAUAGUCUAAGACCAGUACACCAUAGUCUAAGACCAGUACACCAUAGUCUUAGACCAGUAAACCAUAGUCUUAGACCAGUUCAGACCAGUACACCAUAGUCUAAGACCAGUUCAGACCAGUACACCAUAGUCUAAGACCAGUUCAGACCAGUACACCAUAGUCUAAGACCAGUUCAGACCAGUACACCAUAGUCUAAGACCAGUACACCAUAGUCUUAGACCAGUACACCAUAGUCUAAGACCAGUUCAGACCAGUACACCAUAGUCUUAGACCAGUUCAGACCAGUACUCCAUAGUCUUAGACCAGUACACCAUAGUCUAAGACCAGUUCAGACCAGUACACCAUAGUCUUAGACCAGUACAGACCAGCACACCAUAGUCUAAGACCAGUACACCAUAGUCUAAGACCAGUACACCAUAGUCUUAGACCAGUUCAGACCAGUACACCAUAGUCUAAGACCAGUUCAGACCAGUACACCGUAAUCUUAGACCAGUUUAGACCAGUUUUCCUUAGUCUUAGACCAGUUCAGACCAGUACAGCCAGUAUGGUUCAGACCAGUUUAACAGCUGUGUUGUCCGUGUCUCUCUAUGAUCUUCUUCUUCAUUUUCUUUGUUAUGUAGGAAGGACUUUGGUUCCCCAGACUGACUGA